GUCACUCCAACUCUCCGCCUCAUCUCUUCACCCACAAUUGUUGUAUGGACCAUGGACAAAUUCGCGCCCAACUCAAGCGACCGGUCUAGUGAAACACCGACGAAUUCGCGCUUCACAGCGCAGGCGGCAACGGCGGAAGAUCUGCUCAAGGCGCAUACCGUUGGCCUGGUGAACCUCAAUGACUAUCGCAAGCGACGCGCCGAAGCUCUUGAUCGCAAGGAGCGAGGUGAUUCUACCGUCAGUUCAGGCAACACUACGCCAUUAGAUGGAGCAUCGACGCCAAAACCCGUCUUCAAGAAGAAGCGCAAGGUAGCCAGCAAAGGGAAGUUGUCCUUUGGCGUAGAAGACGACGAGGAGACCAACUCGGAUGUUUCGAAAGCCCCUACUCCUCGCGAAAGCACUCCAACCGAUUCGUUCUCCAUCAUUUCAGACGCAGAUGGCAAAAUCGUCAAAAAGAAACUCGGCGCGAGCUCGAGUAUCGGACUCAAGCCCCGGGUCAUGACCAAGACUGCAUUGCAGCGUGAAGCACAACAGGCAGAGCUUGCACGGCAGGAUUUUGUGGUCAUGCGCGAGGCUGUCAAGGCGACCGAGGUGGUGAUACCGUUUGUAUUCUACGACGGCACCAAUGUCCCCGGCGGGCGUUGCAGAAUGAAGAAGGGCGAACAGAUCUGGUUGUUCCUUGACAAAGCCAGGAAAGUAGGGGCUAAGUUGAGUGUUGGUGGCGAGAGGAGUCGAAGCGAUUGGGCUCGGGUCAGUGUCGAUGACCUCAUGCUUGUCAGAGGGGAAGUCAUCUUGCCGCAUCAUUAUGAAAUCUAUCACUUCGUCUUCAACAGGGUGACGGGGUUCCAUGGCCCUCUAUUUGAUUAUUCCGCGCAACCCACCAAAGCAACCCCAGUCCCAGCAGACGCGGAGGCGGAAGAUUACCCCGCUACCUACGAUCCACUGAAUCAAUCUCGAAAGAACAAGAGCAAGGAAUCGACGAUGCUGGACAACGAACUCGAAGGAUUUGGUGACGACCCGGCAAUGACCAAGGUCGUGGACAGACGGUGGUACGAACGAAACAAGCACAUUUUCCCCGCAAGUGCCUGGGCAGAAUACGCUCCUGAUAAGGAUCUCUCGAAGCUCCAGCGAAAGGACACUGAGGGGAACGCAUUCUUCUUUACCUAAGCCGCUCAGCCUAAUCAUGAUACGAUGCAGUCCGAAGUUGUUCUAGACUGGAGACGCAGAUGGCGAGCUGGUGCUGGGUGCUCCGCGGAUUCUAGGCUUAGCGAAGUGUGCCUUCGUAGGGAGCUCACGGCGGGAGACUUUCCAUGGCAGAGCAUGUAGCAUACACUGCAGAGUAGUACAGAAAAGGAAAUGAACAUCGCGGUUGCAGGCCAGUAACCAAUAAUGUC